AUGCACUACACCAGCAUCUUCGUUGCCGCCGCUGGCGCCUCGGUCGCCGCUGCUCAGGACUACGCUCCUCCUGCUCCUCUGGACACCACAACUCUCACCUCGACCACUACCCAGGUUAUCACUCUCACUCAGUGCAACCCCACAGUGACCGACUGCCCCCUGCGCACUCAUACCUCCACUGAGGUUGUUGUUACAACCUCGACUGCUGAGCCCGAGGUUCCUGCCGAGCCUACCACUGUCUACAUUGCUCCUACCACUAGCAUCUACGAGCCCGUUGUCAACACAACUAGCCACCGCGAGGUUCCUACCAUCGUCAACACUCCCACUAUCGCCACCACCAAGAAGGCGCCUCUUCCUAAGACCACCUACUACCCUGCUGGUAACACAACCGUCAAGGCUGGUCCUACUGCUCCCGUCUCUCACGUCACCAAGCUUCCUGUCCCCAGCAGCAACGGUACCCCCGAGAAGCCUGGUUACGAGGCUCCUCCUACCACCCCUGAGGCUCCUUCAAGCGUCCCCACCGCCGGUGCCAAUGGUCUCAUCGCCUCUUCAGGCUUCCUUGGUGCCGCUCUGGUCGCCGCCAUGGUUGCUCUCUUCUAG